AUGGUGCGCUUCGACAAGGACGGCGCGCUGCAGGGCCUCAAGAUGGCGAGCCUCGAGCGAGGCACCGCAGUCCGAGUCACCGCCGACGACCACCCUCGCUACGGAGAGACCGGCACCGUCACACGCUGCGACGCUCGCGGCGUGAUGGUGCGCUUCGACAAGGACGGCGCGCUGCAGGGCCUCAAGAUGGCGAGCCUCGAGGUCGCCACCGUGGACAGCACUCUGGCACGGUGGUCGAAACGACAGCCCAAGGAGCGCUCGUGCGCAGCCGGCGAUCCCGUGACGGUGACCAAGCCGGGUGCUGCGCGCUCGGGCCAGUCUGGCACGGUGGUCGAAACGACAGCCCAAGGAGCGCUCGUGCGCUUCGAGGACAGCGAGGUCGAGGCGUUCAACCGGGUGCUGCGCGCUCGGGCCAGUCUGGCACGGUGGUCGAAACGACAGCCCAAGGAGCGCUCGUGCGCAGCCGGCGAUCCCGUGACGGUGACCAAGCCGGGUGCUGCGCGCUCGGGCCAGUCUGGCACGGUGGUCGAAACGACAGCCCAAGGAGCGCUCGUGCGGUUCGAGGACAGCGAGGUCGAGGCGUUCAACCGGGUGCUGCGCGCUCGGGCCAGUCUGGCACGGUGGUCGAAACGACAGCCCAAGGAGCGCUCGUGCGCAGCCGGCGAUCCCGUGACGGUGACCAAGCCGGGUGCUGCGCGCUCGGGCCAGUCUGGCACGGUGGUCGAAACGACAGCCCAAGGAGCGCUCGUGCGCUUCGAGGACAGCGAGGUCGAGGCGUUCAAAGACUACGAAGACUUCGUCCGAGCGAAAGGGAUUUGUUUCGACCCGUACAACAUCAAACGCUGCUGCCACUGCUCCGAAGCGUUCACAGAUGUCAACAGCUGCUCCAUUCAAGCGCGGGACUACAGUACGAGUGACGAAGCCGCAGCAUAA